GUGAGUGUCUGGAUCCUUUGGUUCUUGUAAAUAGCCGGAUCUUUGACAUGGCCCUCAUCUGCCGGCCGACGUCCAUGAUCCAUCUCACCACCACCCUUCAUAAAUUCAACUUUCUUGGUCUUCACAAGUCACAACCACCCUCAAAAUCUCCAUCACCAUCACCACGACACCACCACCGUGGUUGCUGCUUUUGCAAAUGCCUAUAGAUGACAACAGCCCUAGUGCUCGUAGUCUUGGCUCCUUCUCCAACACCACCGAUCUCUUGAAGCUGAGCACAAGCUCAAGAAGCGACUCUCCGGUCGCCAACAUGAGCUGCUCCUCUUCCUCCCGUCAUACCCCACUACCCUCCACCACCGCCAAGGAUACCAUACGCCGGCUGGUGAAGGCCAAUGGUGAUACACUCAGUCUUGAUGAAAUGAGAUUCGUACAAAGGCUAGGGAGUGGCGAUAUAGGGAGUGUGUACUUGGUGGAGCUAAAGUGCGCCGAGGGAUGCAUGUUGGCGGCGAAGGUGAUGGAUAAGGAGGAGUUGAUGAACAGAGAGAAAGAGGGUAGGGCAAGGAUAGAAUUGGAAAUACUGCAAAUGUUGGAUCACCCAUUUUUGCCAUCACUGUAUGCCAGUUUGGAAGUUGAUCGGUGGUCUUGCUUGUUGACCGAAUUCUGUCCCGGUGGCGAUCUGCAUAUUCUCCGUCAACGACAACCCGAUAGGAGAUUUGAUGAAGCCGCCGUCCGGUUUUAUGCAUCAGAAAUUGUGGUUGCCCUUGAAUACCUUCACAUGAUGGGCAUAAUCUAUCGAGAUCUAAAGCCUGAAAACGUUCUCGUAAGAUCAGAUGGUCACAUAAUGCUGACUGACUUCGAUUUAUGCCUAAAAUGCGAAGAUUCCACCACCCCUAAACUUGUUCAAGGUCAAGACCAGCUAACCAUAAGUAGCCCAUCAACGACCCUGUGCACCAAGGGCUCAUUGUCCCCAUUCAUCCUUCCUCGUUGUAGCAUGCCAAAAGUACUCUCUUGUUUUCACCCCAAGCAGAAACGGAGACCACAACCCAGUAACCAUCGACCACCUUUUGACAUCAUGGCUGAGCCAGUUGAGGCUCGAUCAAUGUCCUUUGUUGGUACUCAUGAGUACUUAGCACCAGAGGUUGUUUCCGGUGAAGGACACGGCAAUGCAGUGGAUUGGUGGACUUUAGGGAUAUUUAUUUAUGAGUUGUUCUAUGGAGUGACACCGUUUAGGGGAGGUGACAAUGAGUUUACACUCACGAGCAUUUUAGCUAGAGGGCUUCACUUCCCUAAAGAGCCUGCAUCAUCCUCGGCUAUGAAAGAUUUGAUCACGAAGCUCUUGAUCAAGGAACCCACAAAGCGAAUGGGGUCCAUGAAGGGUGCACCUUCGAUCAAGAACCACCCAUUCUUCAAUGGAGUAAAUUGGGCACUUCUACGCGGGGCUUCACCGCCCUACGUACCUCGACCUGUCUCUUUUCGAGAUUUUGUUGCAGUAAAUGAUCAUUGUGAUGAUCAUAUAGACUAUUAUUAGUCAUGAAAGAUUACCAUGAUUUGUUGUUGUUCUUUGUAAUUUUUUGGUUUUAUAGUUAUUUUACUCGUAAGUGUAAUGUGUACGAGGUCAUGAAAAUCGCAUUGUGAUGGUGUAGAUAGAUAUUUUGACCAUUACACCUAAAAUUGGUAAAUCACCGGUAAGUGUAUUCAGGUUCUUAUAUGAUGCAAAGAAUAUUAAGGAGA